UUUGGUAAUCGAUGAGUUGAAGAGAAAGGAAGACGAUAAGAACAAAAGUAAUAAACUCGCUCCGCAACUCAAGUUAGCUUCAUCCUAAAACCGAUAUCACUCUGUUAUACAAGCAAUAAAGACGAUCAUAUUAAGGAAUAUGACUUUCCGAUCGGAGGAAAAGUUUGUCGAGAUACCAGAGGUCAGCGACGAUGGAGUCAGGAACCUAACGAUCCAUCGAAUAGAGGAACUCACCUUGAAAUUGAUCGAGGAAAUAAGUUCGAGAACUUUUCCCAAGCUGACUUACAAGGAGGCAAGAAAAGGCGGUAGAAUAGCUGAACUUGAGGAUAGCGUUGGACAAUUUCGAGACAGACAAACCGACGCUCGAAACCUGAACGAUUGUGCUUUGGAUCUGUUGACCUCAUUCGAUAGCUCGAAAUCGUUGAGUUGGAUCGUUGAUGACGAAGAAACUCCGCCGAAUGACAUCGCGCAAAAUCCUGUGAAUAAGGAUUUGGAAUCAGAAAAGGAUCCUGACGCUAGCAGAUCGAUAACUGUGGAUUUCAGGCGAAAGAAUAGCAGAAAGAACCUCGCUCUUCUCGUCACUCUUAUGUCCUAUGUUCAUAAAAUGCUUAUUAACCGUACCAGCAAAACUCGGCGAUCCCUCUACUACGAACUUCAAUCCGAACGCAACUCUGCUGGACUCGCUAAGAACCAACGAAUCCUCGAUACCGCCGUCAACCAUGUUGCCAGCCUUCUAGAAUGCUCACCAUGGGAAUUGGGUUUUACCGCGACGAGUAAGGGUUUGGUAUACGGUGACUUGAGUUUGACUUUCUCAAAAGAAGAUUUGGUCAGCUGUGAAGUUGCGGGUGGUGUUCUAAUACCGCAGAACGUCAACCGAGUCACAUCGGCUCGAACCUCGGCCAGAUACGUUUUGGUGGUCGAGAAGGACGCCGUGUUCCAAAGACUCAUCGGCGAAGAAUGCACACAGUACCUAAAUUGCAUUCUAGUUACCGGAAAGGGUUACCCGGACGUCAACACGAGGAUGCUGGUCAACUUCCUUGGCAACAAGCUCAAGCUUCCGGUUUACGUUCUCGUCGACGCCGAUCCGUUCGGGAUUGAGAUCAUGUGCAUUUACAGAUUUGGAUCAGCUACUCGAUCGCGGGAAGAUCGGCAACUAGCUUUCCCCGAUGCUCGAUGGAUUGGGAUCCAUCCAUCUGAGUUCUCCGCCCUUGGUCUCUCCUCCAAGCCUCUCGUUGCCUCGGAUAAAGCCAAAAUAGCCGGGCUCAAGAGCCGUGGAUACGUCGAUGAGACGAUUUUGGACCAGCUUCAGCUACUGCAAGCUGGAAAAGUCGACAUCGAAGCUGUCGCUGGUCUCUCAAACCGAUUUCUCACCACCGUCUAUCUUAGUAGUAAAAUUUCUACCGAAAAUUAUCUAUAAUACUUACUAGUAUUCAGUUAUGAACAAAUUUCAUUACAACGGGUUUUUGUUCAUAAUUACUAUAAGAGGAAAUAAAAUAUACAGCCUUGGCGCGUU